AUGACAGAACCCGCGUCUCGAGUCCUCUGGUGGGAGCUCACGACGCUCCUCCCUCUGUGGAGGAUACUCCUCGACUUUCCUCCCAAAGAUGAAAAUUGUCCUGAUAUUGUAGUUGCGAAGCACUACGCCGAAAGAAUUCUUGACUGUGACGCGUACGACGACCCAGUACGCUUCGCCAACAUGAAGCGGUGUGCGUCGCGCGUACACGCCAAGAGACCGUGUCGGUACAACCCACACUCUUCUGAAUGCAACCUCAUCGCCGCGGUCUUCUCCCGAUGCAACAACCUCUCGAUCCUUCCCGCAUUGCGAACGUUGACCAUUUCGCAGCAGGAGCUUUGCAUCCUGCGGUUCAUCGGACCCCCAUCUAUAUCUGCAUUGCAUCUUCCAGACCUCAAUGACAAGUGGCUAGCGAACAACCUCCCUGCGUUUCUCCAACACGUCCCCGCGAUACGUCAUCUUUCCGUGUCCAGCGGGACCUUACACGAAAUCCCCACCCUUGCGGACUCCAUGCGUUUCAUGAGACAGGUUCAACGAUUUUCAACUGGGGGUUGUUUGACUACCCCUGAACCUCUCCUCGACGUUUUGAGCACGCUACCAUCUUUACACCACCUUCACGGUAUACGCAUCCCAUAUCUUCGGGGAGACUACCAGUUCCCCUUUAGAUUCUUGACCUACCUUCACUGUUCUGGAGAUAUACAGGACGUAUCGACAUUCAUCACCUCGCUUCGAUCAUCGAACAUCGGGUCGGCCAGAAUCGACUUGAUCAGCGACACCAUCCAACGUUAUACCGAAUUCAUCCAUAGUUUCUCCAACUCUCCGCUUGCCAGCGCCGUCCGGUCUGUUGUCUUGGAUAUUCGCCCAGCCGCCACCCCCGCAUCGCUCGGCUUCGAAAACUCCGAUCUACGGCAGCUCUCUCUCCCCGAACUCAUAGAGAGCCUCAGUCACCUCCCCAAGCUCGACUCUCUCUACUUCCGCGACCGCUGCAUCAACUCCAACAUCCUCUGCUCCGACGCCCACUUCCUCACUCUCGCACAAGCCUUCCGGCAUUUGCGCGUGCUCAAGCUCGGAGGUUGCAUCUGCGGACCCCUUACGGCGACGCGCCUCACGUCCUUCCACCGCAAGCGCGCGUUCGGGACCUACCCCGACCCCUCCGUCCUGAUCCACUUUGCGCACCACUGCCCCCGCCUCGUCGAACUACACCUCUCUGGGCUUGCCGUUGGGUCGGCCACAUGGGAGAUCGCCCCCCGCCCCCCGAAGCCUCCGCAUCCCCUCGAGAUACUCUACCUCUCUUCGCAGGUGCACAGCGUGCCACGCGUGGAGACGGAAGACAGGAUAGAAAAAAUGGCCGAGUUUCUUGACACGCUUUUCCCUCGGUUCGAUCCUGACAGGUCUGCGCUCUGCCUGCUCGAAGACGAGAAGAUAUACAGGCACCCUGUCAUGCCGUGGUGGACUGUCUUUUCGGAGAAGCUGCGUGACACUAGCGGUCUCGAAGCUCAAGCUCAAUCGGCGUUCAGUCUCGAUCCUUCCCGCAGUGCUACCAUAUUAGGAAGCUUGGGGGAUCAGCGAGAGGCAAAAGUGCUGGAAUGCUGUAGAGUCACUGUAUGCGAUGUGGGGAAAUAUGGACCUAGGAUUUUGCAAGAUCGCCUGUAUGAGAACGAGCAGACCUUCGCACGGCUGCUUCACUGCGCUUCGCGCGUGCGCGAGAAAGCUUUGAUCCUAGGGUACCUCAUGCCGUCGAGCGAAUGCCAGCUCAUCAACGUCAUUUUUGCGAAGAACAAGAACCGGACAUUCUUACCCGGUCUCAAAACACUGGUAAUUUCCUCCCAGGAAUUCGACGUCACUUCGGGCCUGAUCCCAUCCUCAAUAGCCACCAUUCAGUUCAAGUUGGCUCGCAACGAGAAGGGAGAAGGAUACGGCCCCACCAUUUCUCUCCUCAAAUCACUCCCCUCCUUGUAUAGGAUGUCCCUCGAUAUCAACCUUGACUCGGCAUGGCGUAGCAAUCCUCCUUCCUGUGUAGUAAGACCAUCGACCGCAAUCGACAACGAAGAGUUCCAAGCGAGAAAAGCUGCUGUUUUGCAACUUCUUCAAGAUGUCAGCGCCUUCAAUUCCCUCUACUAUCUAAACAUAUAUCUUGGCCCCGAGUAUCAGUAUCACGACGACCUGUACAACUUCAGGGCCUUGCGCGAGCUCCGAUGCGUCGUCGAUCAUCCUCAAGUCGCUUCCCAGUUUAUUUCUCACCUCGGUUCCUCUUCCGCCAUCAAGUCUAUCCACCUCAUCAUUGUCACCUGUCGCGUCGCCGAAAAGGGCCUCGAAGCCAUGCGCAAAAUCUCUUCGUCCACAGUUGUCCGGUCGGUUCGCGACUUCUGCAUCGACAUCGAACAGACCUCGCCGUACUACGAACACACACUCGAGCCGGUCCCCCUCCCAGACCUGCUCUGUCCCCUCCUUUCCGGCAUGCCUCUCCUCGAGAAGUUCGCCUUCGGGGUCGCGCCCCGGAACAUGCUUUUCACCUGCGAGGAGGCCGACUACGCAACCAUCGCGCGCGCGUCCCACCGCCUUCGGGUCGUCGACCUCAUGGCGCACUCCCCCUUCACCCGGACUCCCUACGCCACCCCGCCCCGUUCGCGCCCCGCCGAGCGUCCCGAAGCUACCGCCUUGGUCAACCCCGUCGUUCUCCACCACUUCGCAGAAGCCUGUCCCGAUCUUGUCGAGCUCCAUCUCCUCGGGGUCAAUCUGCGAUCCGACGCGUGGAAGGCGCUUCCGCCGGCGGGAUGGAAGGCACACCUGGCCCUGAAGGUGCUCCACCUUCCAGCGCAGGCCUUUUUCGAUCCCGGGGAGGACGAGGCUGCGUUGACCGACGAGCGUCGCUGCUGCAGCACGCACGACCUGGCGCUGUUCUUGCACGCGCUCUUUCCGAACCUGGACCCCAGCCGGGCUCCUUCGCAGAUCCCUCGAGAUGCGGCGUCUGUGCGAUCUGACCGGAGCUGGUGA